CUUUCCUUUUGUCUUCCUUAUAUCUCUAAGCACUACCCUCCCGCGAUUGAAGGUGCUCUUUGUCGCUCACAUCCCAUCUCUUCGAUCUCAGAUCGAAUUUCUGCAAUUUUCUUCCCUCUCACAGCGAUUACAGAUUCUAAGUUUCGGAUUAGCUUCGCCUUCGAGUCUUCUUCUUCUAUCUCUAGGCGAAAUUUCCCUCUCUUGUUAGGGUUUCAGAGAUCCCAAUCUCUGUGGACGCGAGGGCAAUUCGACGUUUUUUCUUGAGCUGGAAAGAUGUUCUGGCGAAUGGCGGGAUUGUCAACGGCUUCUGCCAUUGAGGCAAUUUUGGACAAAGAUGGUUUCACAUUAGAGGAACUUCUUGACGAGGACGAAUUUAUUCAAGAAUGCAAAGCCCUUAAUGGACGACUCUUAAAUUUCUUGAGAGAAAGAGCGCAAGUGGAACAACUGAUUAGGUACAUAAUAGAGGAGCCUCUCGAUGAUGUGGAAAAGAAGCGAACAUUCAAGUUUCCUUUCAUUGCGUGUGAAAUUUUUACAUGUGAGAUUGAAAUGAUACUGAAAACACUAGUCGAGGAUGAGGAGUUGAUGUUAUUGCUGUUUUCUUUCUUGGAAGCUAAAGAAACCCAUAACUCAUUGCUUGCCGGAUAUUUCAGCAAGGUUGUCAUUUGUCUGCUGGUGCGGAAGACGAUCCCUUUCAUGCAAUUCAUAAAAGAUCAUCAAGAAAUACUGAAGCAGCUUGUUGAUUUGAUUGGUAUUACAUCUAUAUUGGAGGUUUUAAAACGUCUGGUUGGUACUGAUGAACACCUAUAUUCGAACUACACAAGUGCAAUGCAGUGGGUAGAAGAUACAGAUGUUUUAGAGAUGAUUGUAGACAAGUUUGGCUCCUCGGAUUCUCCCGAGGUACAUGCUAACGCAGCUGAAAUUCUUUGUACUGUUGCAAGAUACGCACCCCCUGGUCUUGCAACAAAACUUUCCAGCCCUAGCUGCACUGGAAGGUUGUUAAAACAUACUUUAGAAGAUUCACGGCCUAAGUCUGUUCUGGUUAAUUCGUUGUCUGUAUGCAUAUCUCUACUGGAUCCUAAGAGGUUUACAUUGGGGACUUAUAAUAUAUAUGGUCGUCAACUAACCCCUGGAGUAACUAAUCCCGAGACAGUGGAGGGAAUGCUUGGAAGCCUAGGCGAUUUACUCAUGCUUUUGAAUGUAUCAUCUGCUGAGGGUGUUCUUUUAACGACAUAUGGCAAGUUGCAACCACCUCUUGGAAAACACAGAUUAAAGAUUGUAGAGUUUAUUUCAGUCUUACUCACAGUCGGUAGUGAAGCAGCAGAGAAGGAAGUUAUUCGACUUGGAGCGGUGAAAAGAGUGUUGGACUUGUUCUUCGAAUAUCCCUACAAUAACUUUUUGCAUCAUCAUGUGGAAAAUGUAAUUCUAUCAUGUUUGGAGAGCAAAAACCCUCAACUUCUUGACCAUCUUCUCAGUGAGUGCAAUCUUAUUGGGAGUAUACUAGAGGCGGAAAAAGACUCCAUAUUAACUGCUGCUGAUUCUGAUAAGCUUCAGCCUACGGUCCCUGCAGAGGGUAGAAAGCCGCUCAGGAUUGGAAGCAUUGGUCAUUUGACCCGUAUCUCGAACAAACUGCUUCAGCUAGCUAAUAGCAAUGCCGAAAUUCAGUCUCAUUUGCAGGAAAAUAGCAAAUGGGUGGAUUGGCAGACAGAUGUCUUGUCAAAGCGGAAUACAUUGGAAAAUGUCUACUCUUGGGCCUGCGGGAGGCCAACUUCACUCCAUGAUCGUAAUAGAGAUAGCGAUGAUGAUGAUUACCACGACAGAGACUAUGAUGUAGCAGCCCUAGCAAACAACUUGAGCCAGGCCUUUAGAUAUGGAAUUUACAGCAACGAUGACAUGGAUGAGAACCAAGGCUCGAUGGAACGCGAUGAUGAGGAUGUCUACUUUGAUGAUGAAUCUGCAGAGGUCGUCAUAUCUUCCUUGCGCCUUGGAGAUGAUCAGGAGAGCGACUCGCUCUUCACAAAUUCAGACUGGUUUGCUUUCGAUGAUGAAAAAGUUGUGAAUGAGCGCUCAAUGAGCUCGAUCGCUUCACCUUCACCCAAUGCUGAUGGAAAUGGCGAUGAUGAUGAUGAUGACGACGACGAUGAUGAUGAUGUCGUCAUAGGUGAAGCCGAUGAAUUUAAAGACACUGCAGACUCUUCCCCAACUGAUGAUAUGGAAACAGAGGAUUCUACAUCAAAGAGUCCUGAGGAAAACCCGAGUGAAGCAGAACCUGAAAAGUCACCUGCUUGGGUUGAAUGGAGAGAGACCUCCGAGUCCACUGCUCCUUCUUCCAACCAAGAUGAAGCUACCAUGUUGCCCAAUGGUGAGGUUCAAAUCGACAAAGAGGAGGAUGGUGAUGAUACCGAUAAUAAGGGUGCAGAGAAUUCACCACCAGGAGGUGCAAGUGGCGUUGCAACCACUGAGAGCUCACCAGAUGCAACGAGUGGUGCUGAAGAGAACUUGAGAGACUCCAGUCCUGAUGCAUCAAAACCAGCGGAAUCUCAUGAGGAUGCUCAAAGCUCUGAACCUGAGAUCCCCAAGGAGACGAAGAAGAACCAGGAAGCAGAGGUUGCAGCAGAAACGGAUGCUAAAGAAAACGAAGAAGCUGUCAAGGAACCAGAGAAACUAGUGUGAGCUUUUCACUUGAACCGGGGUCACUUUAACUAGUGAAACAGAUUACUGCUGAUGCUUGAGUUUAUAGUUUGGUGCAAAAGGGUAUUAUUCUUUUUUUCUUUCUUUUACGUUGUUUGUCUAGUUUUUUUUUUCAUUGUAUUAUCUCCAAAUCCGGGUUUUAUUUUUUGUUUAAUUCUCAACAUUAUUGUCGACCAAAAUUGUUAUUAGCAGCUUAUCAACUUCAUUUGUUGAAGUUUUUUUCA